AUGCAUCGUUAUAGUGUGUUUACGAAUUCGUGUCUCAAUGUUCCAGUCGAUCCUAUUAGCAAAAUGCCAAAAACUGCGUAUGAACGUAAUGAAGAAACUACUACCGAACAGUGCUCAAUUAAAUCGUCAACUUCUUGGUCAGAUACUGGUGUUGAUGUUGACGCUGAAAAACUAAAGGAUUUUUAUCGAAGUAUUCCUGAUUAUAGAGAUAUUAAUCAUCUAUCAGAGAGUGAAUUUUAUUCAACCCUUAAACGUUUAAGGGAGAAAAAAAAAUUAAUGCUUGGCCUCGCUAUCGAACAUAUUGACGAUUGUAAAACAUAUUAUGAUGACAAAAUAUUUGCAAAAUCAGAAAGAGAUAUUUGUCCUAAAACUAAUUUAGAUUUUUUUCAUGAAACAAUUUCGAGUACGAGAGAUAAUGAAAAAUUGAAACAAAAUUCUAAGAAUUGUGAAGGGAUAAAGAAAACUACCAAAAGAGGUGUGCGACAAUCGAACAGCGCUGUUAGUAAGAAUAUAGGUGAGACAAAUGACACGAAUCUUCAAGUAGAGCAUACUAAAAAUAGCGCAAUGACAUCAAAAGAAAUUUCUAAAUCGAAUCGACCCAAACGUAACCAUUCUGCGUGUUCAAUAUCUUGGCACGACGAUAAAGUUGAUGAAAAAAAUAAUGAAAUCGACAAAAAAUUUGAGCAAUAUUUUGACGGUGACAGGCAACUAAAUGAUGACGAUUUAUAUAGAACACAAAGUAUGCCGUCGAGCCCUCUCAGAAUAAGAACUGUGGAAUCUAAUUUACGACGCCAUCGGAGAAGUAUUACCGUGCCAAGGCCAUUUAAGAUGACAGAAAGAGAUGAAGAUGGUCGUAUUGUUAAUGAACUUCGAAGUCUACAAAAAUCUCUUUCGGACGAUAUGCUUCAUCAUAAAAAGGAGAAAAAGCGUUUCCGAGCUAAGCCUGUUCCAAUAGAGUCUCGUAUACCUUUAUACGAUAAAAUAUUACAGGAUCAAGCUAUGAGACGAGCAAUAACGAAGAUUAAUAGUGAAGCUGAGUUGAGGGCACAAAUGAAACCUUUUAGUUUUACAAGAAAAGAAGAGGCUGGUGUAGGUAGCAUGUGCGAAAGAGCUGCCAAGAUUUUACCUAAAUGUAAAAAAAAGAAACGCUUCCGAGCGCGCCCUGUGCCUAAGAAUCUUUUUACAAAUUACUUCUACGAUAAAAUUAAAGAAGAAAAUUUUUUUCGUGCUAUGAAUCGCCGUAUACGUGCAGAAGAAAUGCUGAGAAAUUCUAGUUUGCCAGGUAGUACGGCUCGACGGGAUCGAAGUCGAUUAUCGACGCCUGCAGCACACAGUGAUCUUCCUAUUGAUCCAUCACCAGCUGUACCUUCUAUCUCUUCAUCAGAUAAAUACAGAUCAACUAGUCCCACGAAAAAUAAAAGAAAAUCAAAAGCAUAUAAAGAUAGCUUCAUAACAACGAGUCCUCAGCCUUUUCACUUCAACACUGCCGAAAGAGCUUCUAAAAAGAUAACUGAUAUUUCGAAGCAAAUUUAUCAAGAUUCUAAGAGUAGUGGUAGCGUCAAUAGCAGUGUGGGUAAAACUGGCAACACUGUUGAUAAAACUGAAGUUUAUAGUGCGUUAGACUUGAAAGGAAUUGUGGCGGGGAGAUCUAAUUUAGCUGCAUUGUUGAGGGCCGAAGCUGUUAGACAAAAAUUUGAAAUGGAAGAUGCCAGACGAUUAGCAGAACAACGGAAACGAACUGAGAUAAGGAAUCGCGGACGAGUACUACGAACUAAUCCCGCCUGGCAUUUAGUUAAAAAUAACCACGAAGAAGAUAUAGCAAUGCGACUACAAACCCGACGCGAUGAAGAAAGAAUGAGAAGAGAGGAAUUCUUACAUGAAAUGGAAUUAAUGUACGGUAGAGUGCAACAACAGCCGAUGUUAUUUGAGCGAUACUACGCUCCUCGUUCUGGAGCGACAACUGCCGAAUCAAUACAACUAUCUCCAAGAAGAAUUCCCACUAAGAAGCGAACUACAAGAAAAAGUAAAUCUUAUCAUUUUACCAGUCCUAGUAGUAUAUCACCCGAAUUUCGAGGCGAUUUAUUAAAAUAUUUGGACAAAACAGAAACAAAGAAGAUAUCUCAUUCGCAAUUGUACGAAGGUAAAGGGGACGCGAACAGCUUGGACAGAGAAUAACUGAGCCGAUGUUUCGGGUCCAUCUUGGUCCGUUUUGGUCUUUGUUAAUUGUUGUUGUUGUACGCCUUAAACCUUAUCAACUCUUGUAAAUUGUGUAGGGAAAAAAAUAAUGUCUUAUUUAUCGUAUUAAUUUAUUUAACAGACAUACGUAACGAACAAUACAUAGUACAGUGAAAUAUUUGAAAUAAAAAAUAAGAUUGCUAA